AUGAGGAGGAAUUGCAACUUAGAACUCUGCCUUUUCCCUCAAUAUGUUUCUGAUAGCUAUCACAAUCACAACAAUCACAUGGUUGAAGAAAAAAAAGAUAGUGAUCGGAUGAGUUCAAUGCAAAAUCAGCAACGGCCACUGACCAUUUUCUACGAUGGCAAGAUGUGUGUUACUGAUGUCACUGAGUUUCAGGCCAAAUCAAUCUUAAUGAUGGCAAAUAAAAAAGAACACGAAACAGUUAAGAUAUCAACAGGAUCAGAGCCAUCAACAUCAGCAAUAGUACAGUCUCCACAUCAAUUGUAUAGCCCUGGACCUGGUCCUGCUCUUUCAAUGAAAACAUCUUUGCAAAGGUUUCUACAGAAGAGAAAAAAUAGGAUUCAACAAGCUUCUCCAUACAAUCAUUAG